ACACAAGAAGGUGGAGGAGCGCCUUUCUGCUCUAUAGGGAGAACCAUCAGGGAUCCUGGUAGAGAUAUGCGGAGAGGAAAGGGUGCACGUCUGUACGGAGAAAGGACCCGGAAAGAGAUGGGAGGAGACUGAGGAUAGACAGGAGCAGACGGGAGAGCAGAGCUGGAAGAGAAGCUUGCUUUCACUGGUGACUUUGUAUCUUUGGGACCGGAUGGCAACAGUCACUUAUAAAAGUUCAUCUUUAAGAAACAGGUCCUCCAGUCUUUUACAGAACAAACCCCAUUUGAUUGGCCAAACCGACUGGACUGCCACUCCGUAUGGUCCCAUCACAGAAAGUUCAACAAGAAUCUAAUUUCCAAGCCAUUAUCCAUAAGCCAAUCGGGACGCUUGUUACAUGGGGAAGGACAUUGUGUUCCUGCAGGCUCAGGAGGACAUGGGGUGCAAUUAAGACAGCAUGAGAAUCACUCGAAAGAGAUUGUGCUAUAGCAUAGUCUUCCUGUACUGUGUCUUCUCUUUCUAUGCUGCCUACAAUGUCUUCUUCAAAUCGCUACACAUGUCCCGGGUUCACAGAGUGGUGAACAAAAAGGAGAACAACAGAGGCUCCCUCUACUUGAAUAAAGAACAGUGGAAUCCUUGGGAAGAAAGUGAAAAGAGCAUCAAAGCGCUCCAUGUGAAGAAAGCAAAAGAUAAAUGGAAAAGCUUAUUAAACCGUGAAUCCCAACAAGAACCUGCUAAGCUCAAAGUACAGAUAUGGAGCAAGGCUGCUAUCGGACAUUACUUAUGGCAGCACAUUUUAGAAGGACCACUUGAACCCACUGAUGUCAAUGCUCAGUGGAGGGAAGGCAAACUGAGGACAGGAACAACAGAAUUCAGCUUUAUCACUGGGUCUGCAGUUGCUCCUGGAUAUUUCUCAGUGGAAACAUUGCAUGUUGUCCUUGUUCUGAAUGGCAGAGAGGAAGUGAAGAUUUCUUUCGCUACUCAGUGGCUGCAGUAUGCACAGACAUUGGUUGAAAAUCACAAGCUCCACCAUGUUGCUGUAGUAAUGCUAGGAAACGAACAGUGCAAUAAUGACUGGAUCCUUCCAUAUUUGAAGCAGAAUGGAGGGUUUGUGGAAAUUCUAUUUCUUGUCUAUGACAGCACUUGGAUUAAUAAAGAGAGUAUUUUUCAGUGGCCACUAGGAGUUGCUACGUAUCGAAAUUUUCCCAUUGUUGAUCCAACUUGGUCAUUGGUUCAUGAUUCCAGGCCAUACUUAUGCAACUUUCUGGGAACUGUAUACAACAACUCGUCUAGAGAGGUUCUUAUGGCGGUUAUAAAGAAAGAGGGAUUUGAUCAGCUUUGUUGGAUCUCGCCUAGAAAUCAGUGGCAGCCGCAGGAGACAAAUGAGAGUUUUAAAAGUUACAACGAUGCACUGCUACAAAGUGACCUUACAUUAAGCCCAGUAGGAAUAAAUACAGAGUGCUAUAGAAUUUAUGAAGCUUGCGCUUAUGGCUCUGUUCCUGUAGUAGAAGAUGUGAUGACACCGGGGAAUUGUGGAAACUCUUCUGUGUACAACAAUGCACCUUUGCGGUUACUGAAGUUCUAUGGAGCACCGUUUAUUUUCGUAAAGUCUUGGAAAGAGCUUCCUAGCAUUAUAAAUAAAGAAAAGAACAUGAGUUUACAAGAGAAAAUCCAGAGGAGGAAACUAAUUCUAGAAUGGUACAGGCAAUUUAAAUUAAAACUGCAGCAAAAGUUUACUGAAACACUUGAGAAGACUUUUCUGCAUAGUGAUACGUGAAGGAUUAUUUGGUCAAAAGGAGGAUUUGACUUUGAAUAAUAUUUAUGGUGGACAUUGUACUUGGAAUAAUGCCCUCUAGUGGUUUAUUUCACAAUCCUUAGAAAAAGUGCCACCAGUGUGUUUCAGUAACAGUUUUUACAGUGCUAUUGGAUCUGCGCUUUUAAACUUCAAACACAUUUCUUAAUCUCACUAUAAACCUAGGACUGCAGCUGGGAUAAGGUAAAUGUGGUUAUUUAUAAAUUCCAUGCAUAACUCUGGGAAAGUUUUCAAGAUGUAAAUAGUAAUAAACUAUUAAAUACCUCUGCAUUGUAAAAUGGUUUGAUGUGUGUUAGCCACUGGAACACCAGCGUGUGUGUGUGUGUAUAUAUCCUGUUGUUACCUGCCUAUUUUUCAGUGCUGUGAUAGUUUGACACUUACUUGGUCAUGAGAUAAUGUACCCAAAUACAUUUUUGUAGAAUU